GAUGUCUAGGAAGCUUACUCCUACCCCAGCAGGAUCUCCCAGCAAGAGGUCUACGAAGCUUACUCCUACCCCAGCAGGAUCUCCCAGCAAGAUGUCUAGGAAGCUUACUCCUACCCCAGCAGGAUCUCCCAGCAAGAGGUCUGAUGACAAGGUUACCCAGAGGAUGGCAGAUGUUAGCAGGAAAAGGUCAAUACGGAGUGGACCCGUUUUGGUGGAAAAAAUCGAGAAAAAAACGAAUGAAAAGGUGGUCUUUUCAAGAAGAAGACAGGGUCUUAUGAAAAAGAUGUAUGAGUUAGUUACAAUGUGUAACUGCAAUGCAUUGCUGCUGAUUGAGCGCCAACAAAGGCACAAAGUUACGCGUUUUUAUGGUGGCACUGAAACAUUGAUAAAAACGUAUGAGGGUGAGGGACUUAAAAGAGAAAUUGGGCAACAACAUUUACUCGUCGAUCACUAUGCUGACACGGUUAUAGCAAAAAGCCCGUCAAAGAUCCCAGAAUUUGCCAAGAGGGCAGUAUUAGAGAAGCCAACACCUGAGUCUGUUGAAAAGGCUAAACAGCCAAUAGUAAUAGCUAGUUCAGCACCUGCAUCUUCAACCCACAAAAAAAAAAUAGUAAAGAGACAGCUUGUUAAGAAAACCCCCUUAAGUACGACAUUGACAAAUAAACCACGCAGGCGUAAAAUAGAAUGGCCUAAAAACGACGAAUCGAGUGAUGUCACUGAUAGGUCAAGUGUAAGCGAUUCAGAAUCGCAAGCAAAGAUGUCAAAGGAGAAAACAGGUACCAAAACAAAGUUAAAUGAGACGUCAGAUUUGGUUGAUGUUGACGUUAAUGCUUGUGCCAAAUGUUUAAAGAAAUAUUCAAAGCGUGGUGCAUGGUACCAAUGCAAAAAAUGCCCACGGUGGCAGUGUGCUGCAUGCAGCAAAAAUAGAAGAAGCAUUUGUAGAUAUUGUAAAUAAGUACAAUGGUAAAGAAACGGGCCCGUUACACAACCGGAUUGGUUUAUGAGAAUAUAAUAUUGUUAUUGUUUUUUAUAUAUUUCAAUAGAAAGAAAUUUUGUAUAUUUCAGCCAUAUAAUAAAGAAUAAUAAUUAUCAAAUUUUGCAUAAACGUAUUGAAUAGCAGCCAUUUAUAGUUACCCUAUGUGAACCAGAUGAAGGUGGGCCGGAGUUAUAAACAGUAUCAAGAGUAAUUAAUAGAGAUUAUACAUGUUAUGUUAUAGAGAUUAAUCUCUGUUAUGUACUCUUGAU